GUCGAAUGACGGAGACGUGCAUGGUGACGUAGAUGCACGUGUUUGUAAAGUGCCCUUCAAAACGCAGCGGGGAACGCUAUAGAGUGAGAGAAGGAUUGUUCCACACAGCUGAUUGUUCCUGUGCCUCUUACUAGGGAAAGCAGCAGGUGGGAAGGGGACCAAUUCCUCCUGUGAUCUCAGACAUAUACAAUUGAUCAGAACAAGGAGAGGGGUUAAUGCUAACCCGAAAUGGUUAAACAGAUGCGUGACUGCAUUUGAAGAAAAAUGCCAGUCCCUUUGAAGAACCUGCAACAAAUGGCCCUUUACUUGGGUGUGGUGUCUGGUGGAGGAUGCGCCUUGAUGUACUACUACAUGCAAAAGACAUUUGCAAAGAAGGAAUAUUACUUGUCUGCCCUCGAGAAGCUGAAUUCCCAUUCAGAAGCUCUUGAGAUAUUAGGAGCACCGCCCCUUAGAGUUCACAAUCUCCGUCUGACAGACAGAAAUAACCACGUUGACCAAUCAACAGCUCAGAUCAAGAUUCCAGUCUCAGGAACAUUGUCAGCUGGGCACCUUUAUACCACGUCUGUCAGAGACCAAAUAAAUAAAAGGUGGUGUCUUCAGGAAGUUAUCUUAAAACUGAACAACGGUCAGCGCAUUCCAAUUCACGAAUCAAACAUGGCAGCUGAAGAUGAGCAAGAAAUGCAUAUGUCUAAUACUUUCUAAAACUCACACAUUUAUGUUUCAAGAUAAUAAAAACCAUUUAACACA